GUCCUAACAGCCUCUCAUUCAUAAUCUCAUCCAUUCCUCUUCCAACAAUGUCUUAGCACCCAUUACCAAUCAGAAGCACCUCCACAAACAAAACAAUGACACUAAACUUAACUUCUCCUCUACUCUCCCGCCUAUCUCACCCGCCUCUUCACACUCCCAAGCUCACCGACAAAUCAUCCAACCACCACCUCACUCUCUUAUCCUUCCUACUUUCAUCUCCCACUUCAUCAAAACCCUUCCUCUUCCCGCCAAAAUCUUCACUCAGCGGCCAAAACUCCGCUCCCGACCUCCUUAAUAACCGCCACUCGCUUUCUCAAAUCUCCGCUGCUAAAGACGCUACCGAAGCCUUACUAUUAAUCUCCGAAAUCUCCGGGAAAAGUAGCGGCUCCGUUAGUGUCUCCGAUUGCUGUGAUAUUAUAACUGCCGCGCUUGAUCGUAACAAUGCUGACCUGGCAUUGUCUAUAUUCUAUUCCAUGCGCUCCACCUUCGAUCAAGGUGUUGGUGAGAAUGGAUGGAAGUGGUCGAGACCGGAUGUGAGUGUCUAUAAUGUGUUGGUUAAAGGUCUUGCUUCGGCUUUGAGGGUUUCUGAUGCACUUAAAAUUGUUGAUUAUAUUUGUAGAGUUGGAGUUUCUCCUGGUGAAGAGGUUCCUUUUGGGAAGGUUGUUAGAUGUCCUACUUGUUUGAUAGCUGUUGCUGUUGCUCAGCCUCAGAAUGGUUUUCAGAUUGCCUCUUGUUCCAAGUGUCGUUACCAGUAUGAGCUUGUUUCUGGGGACAUAAUUAGCAUCACCUCUGAGGAAAUCAGUAAGGAUCUUCCGGCGUGGGAAAGGGGGCUAAGAUUUCUGAAACUCAUGAAGCGACGCAUUCCGGCUGCUGUUCAUUCCAUUGUGGUACAGACACCAUCUGGUAUGGCCCGCACUCACAGGUUUGCUACUGAAACAGUUGAUGUACCAGCGCAAGAAGGUGAAAGAGUGACUGUUGCUUCAGCAGCUCCAUCAAAUGUGUACAGAAAUGUCGGCCCCUUCAAAUUUAGUCCAAAGGCACCCAAUACAUAUCCCGGAGAACCUAUGUGCCUGACAAACCAUGAAAAUGGUCAGGAAUCACUGUUAUUAAGAGCUCCUGAAAAAGAUGGAAAUUUAUCCUUGCUUAAUCCUUCACUCCUUAUACCAAUUCUCGCUCUUCUGGCUACUGGAGAUGCUGCAUCAGGAAUCAUUGAUCCCAGCUUGCCUCAGCUCCUUUCAGUUGCCGCUAUUGCAUCUCUUGGUGCAGGAGCAACAAUAAAUUUAUUGGUUCUUCCCCAGUUGAAUCAGCUUCCACAGAAAUCAGUGGAUGUAUUUGCUAUCAAGCAGCAGCUUUUAUCUCAAUAUGAUAUGCUUCAAUCUCGUAUUAAAGACCUAAAAGAAUCUGCUGAAAAAGAGGUUUGGAUGUUGGCUCGGAUGUGCCAGCUGGAGAACAAAAUUUUUGCUGUAGGAGAACCCUCCUAUCGAUCGCGGAGAACUAGAGUCAAAAGGGUCCGAGAAGGUUUAGAAAAAUCUCUCAAGGGACGGAUUGAACUCAUCGACAGCUAUGCAAGAAUAUCGUCAAUGAUAGAGAUUGAGGUAGAAAUGGACUCUGAUGUUCUUGCUGCUGAGGCUGUGGGAAAUGUGGAAGCCAUUGCAGAGCAGAUACAACAAAUCAUGGAGCUAGAAAAUCUUGAAGAGAGAUGGAGAAUACAAGCUGAAGCAAACGAUGAAGCUGAGAGACUUCUUAGUUCUGAACCUAUACCGACAGAGAGGGUCUAGACAUGUUACUAAACUAUUUGAGCUAAAGCUAAUUCCAAUGCAUGUUUUCAAUGACAAAACCUCAUGUUGGGUCUUCCGGGAAUCGAAAAAUCACCAGAUAAUUCAGCUGGAAAGCAGAAGUCAAAUUUGUUUACAUGAACGUUCAUCUCAAGCACUCAAAUCUGCAGAUGAAGCAUGAGCAGAGAUUGUGAAAUAUCCCAGAAAGCUUCAAUUUAUCUCAUGAUCUCAUUUAAGCGUCUUUUAAAGGUACACAUGUUCUCUUUUGUAUAUAAGGUAACAUAUACACUUAUGUUUCUGAACUCAAAAUCAUGAAAUUUAUCACCUUAUUUGUAA